AAAGUUCAUUCCCGACAGCAAAUUUGAUAUUAAUGGCUCUCAUAAAAAAAAUGUUCAAAAUCGUCUGUGUAGUUUGUGAUUAAUAUAAUAUGCUAGAGGUUAAGUUAGUUUUAGUUUUUUAAAUGCUUAAACUUCAUCAAGAAAGCGAUUUAUUAAAUAUUAUGUAUAAUCUGUCGAUUUUUUCACCUUCCAAAAUUUCCACUUUCCAUCUUCCGAGGAUCACUUUUCUGAACAUAUCUUUGCGUUUCAGAUGAUUUCAAGGAACGUCACGCUUUGCCCGUAUUAUCGGUUAAGUCGUUCCCAGGGUUACAGGUCAAAUGGUUGAAGAUAGCGACUUCACUUCGCGUUGAUCUGGCAUUUAGUGAUGGAUUUUUUUGAAAAACCAUAAUCCAUAAACUGUCACAUAGUAUUUUUAUUAUUUGUUGCGGACCUUUUUUCAGAAAUGCCGCUAAAUUUAAAUUUUGCGGGAUUUUUGGGACACUCUAAUAAUAAAUCGGUUGAAAUCGGUUGGGAACCGGUAAACUUAAAAACAAAUAGCUCUGUGUACAAAACAUUGCCUCUUGAAUAUUGUGCUUGUCUCCAUGAAUUGUACUAUUAAAAAGAUAUUUAUAAAACAUAGAGAUAGAUAAAUGAUGCUAACCUACAAUUUUGAGGUCUAAAUAAGAUGUUCAAGUUCGUAAAUCUAGGGCGCUUUGUCACCCCUAUAAUACAAGUGAUUCAGUGAUAAAUACUAUCUCUUACUUUCUAUAUACUAUAAAGUGGGGCGAAGGCUAUCCUAAAUUACGUAACUCUCUACCAGCUAACACGUGAAUUUAUUGACAUUGUGUUGUUGGGUAAACUCGAUUUCAGUUUUUUCCUGAUCCAACAGUAUUUAAAUAGUUAGAUAGAAAACAGAUGAAAUAAUAUUACACAAUAAUUCAUUAGAUUUUCUCUUAUAAAAUUUAAAACAGCAGAAAAUAAUUCAGUUUAACACUAACCAUGAAGUAUUUUGUUGUUGCUCUGAUUUCUGUGGUGUUCUUUAUUGGAAUCUCACAAGGUGCUACUCCUGCUCUUAAAUGCAGGGAGGAAAGCAAAACUAAGGGUUUGAAAGAAUCAUGCACUCUUCAUUGCCAAUACAAGGCUUACGGAUUUGUCAACGAUAAAUACGAAAUCAAAAGGAAACACAGGAACAAAUUGGCUGAAUUUUUAAUAAAUGGGAAUGCCGUGGAUAGUGAUAAUAGGAACAAAUUGGAUAAUCUUUUGAAAAAAUGUGUUAAAGAAGCACUAGAGAAAUAUGAAGAUGAAGAUCCUAGUUGCUACAUAACUUUUUACUAUUACAUAUGUAUUAAUAAAGAUCGCGAAAUUAUUGACCAUAGCAACUUUAUACUGGCUAUUACUGCUCUCGAUAAGACAUUCGAUAUAUAAAUUUAUGUGUAAAAAAGAAAAUUUUAAUUCAUUUGAAAAUGCUUCAAUAAAAUAAAGCUUAAAGCUUAA